AUGGCCGACGACAAACCCAAUUGCAAAGUUGUCCUGGCCAACAACAUUGCCAAAAAUCUCCUCGCUGAAGUCCACGAUGGCUUGAAGAAGAUUGACCGAAAGCCCUUGCUCGUCGGCUUCCUCUCGUCCACCGAUCCCGCCGCCAAAGUCUACGCCGAGUGGACGGGCAAGACGGCCCACGAAAAUGGCUUCGCGUUCGAGCUCCGCGAAAUCGACCGUGAACUUCUCGAAGAUGCCCUAAUCGACGCGAACAACGAUUCGGCCGUAGAUGGCAUCAUCGUCUACUAUCCCAUCUUCGGCAAUCGCCAGGAUCAGUAUCUCCAGCAGAUCGUCUCCAUUGACAAAGACGUCGAGGGUCUCUCCCACCGUUACAUCUUCAACAUGUACCAGAACAUUCGCUUCCUCGACGAUGCCAAUACCAAGAAGAGCGUGCUGCCCUGCACUCCACUGGCCGUUAUCAAGAUCCUAGAGUAUCUGAGAAUCUACAACACAAUCCUGGCAUAUGGCAACAGAUUGCACGGUCGAACCAUUACUGUCAUCAACCGAAGUGAGGUUGUUGGCAGGCCCCUUGCUGCUCUGCUAGCCAAUGACGGAGCUUGCGUAUACAGCGUGGACAUCAACGACGUACAAGAGUUCAAUCGAGGUGUGGGGCUUCGGAAAAAGAGGCAUGAGGUGAGCGAGAAGCCUGGCUGGACAAUUGACGACUGUCUGCCGCUCAGUGAUGUAGUCAUCAGCGGUGUUCCUGGAGACAAAUACAAGGUUCCGCUAGAGAAGCUCAGGGACGGUGCCGUCUGCAUUAACUUCUCAAGUGAGCGCAAUUUUACUCCCGAAGUAAAGGAAAAGGCUUCCAUAUACGUGCCUGCAAUUGGCAAGGUCACGAUCGUGGUCCUUCUAAGAAACCUUUUGGUGAGUUGUAAAAGCUGUUAGUCUGCUACUGAUUGCUCACAAACGAUAGCGUAUUGUGCAAAACAAGAUCGAAGCUGCGGCUGCGGCGCCUGCUUCCGACAAACCAACAGAGGAGAAAGCUGUACAAGCCACCGCGUAAACGAAUUACCUCCUAGCAGUCACUUGACUACUUGACCAAAAUACAAUCAUGAUACCCUUUAGAAACCAUAAACAUAAAUCAUCCUUGAAUAGAAACAUGUUCCAUUUCCUCGACUUUGUUCACCGUGUUUGGUGAAGAUCUCAUAUCCGCGAAACAUGUGAAUGGACGGGCAAUUAGAGCACGCGACCCAUUCUAACCGAUACCAACGACGGCGGAAAACAUGCUGACUGAAAGUCUUCCGCGGCUGUCUGUUCCACGAUUUGCAUCGGCAUUAGUGGUAUCUGUCUCUAUUGGAUCUACAACGUGGCCAUUCUGGUAAACGUAGCUGAAGAUGCGAGGAGCAAGAAACGAUAGCUUGCCUUGUGGUUGAGAGGAUAAGGUGGCGACCAUGAGACUU